AUGGAAGACCUGCGCUUCCGCCCUCAGCAGCCGCCGAGGAACGAGCCAUCCAUCAACCCGCUUGUCUCACCUCCUCGCGGCGCCGCUCGCAUCCCUCAACAACAGCCUGCCAGUCACGAUUUGCGCUCCACCCUGCCUCGCCGCUUCACGACCGACUCGGGGCGUGUACCGACAAUGUCUUCCAUGAACUCCUUGGCAUCCCCCCCCCGCGUGCCCGACGCAGCUCAAGAUUAUAAUAGCGUGAGUCCUGGCUGGGAAUCCCUUAUAGAGAAGAAAAAGCAAGAAUAUGAGAGGAUCCGAGAACAGAGGCGGCGUUUUGAAGUCGAGAUGCAAAAACUAGACCAACAACAGCGACGGGAGGCCCUAGAACUGGCUCAGAUGGAAGAAGACAUGAAUAGAUUUGCCGGGCACCAGUCCGAACCGACAACGCCUCCCGAGUAUCGAAACACCAGCACCAAUAAUGGCUUUCCUGGCAUCUUCUCGCGGCCGAACCGCUACUCGACCUCAAGCCUGACCUCCCCCGCGGCCCUGUUCAGCCGGCCAUCGCGCUCCGGAUCGCUUUUGACCUCUCCACCUCCUGGUACGGGCGUGUUCCAGCCGCGAUACGGAUUCGACGACAACCAGAUGCCAUCACGAUCUGUCCCCACCACGCGCCGUAACAGCGACGAUGACGACAAGGAAGAGGCUGUUCGCCAGGACCCGAGCAGCCACAGGGCGACCAAUUCGUAA